AUGAUCUCUAAGGUACUCUGCUUCAGUGCUCUCAUUGGCAUUGCUUUGUCAUAUGCCCAUGGACACGCACCAGCAUAUUCUUCCCAACACAUUUCAAGACACGACGGCCCAGCCGAAGUGGUCCACGUAAAAGGUCACGAUGCCCAUGGCCACGGUCAUUACGUUGCUGUGGACUAUCAUAUCCUUUGCUUCUCAACCCUCCUAGCCGUGGUUAUGGCGCAAUAUGAUCACCAUGAAGAAGCCCAUUCCUCCCAACACUUCACCAAGCACGACGGUCGUCCGGAAAUCGUGCAUGGACAUCAUGGGCACCAUCAUGAUUAUCACAAAGCUUACGUGAUAAUCAUGAUGCCCGUGAUGACCAUGUACGACUUCAGGAUGGCCGUCAUGCUUGAUGAAGUGUUGCGAGGAGUACGCUUCCCCAUGACCAUGACCAUAUUGUGCCAUGACCACGGCGAGGAGGGUAGAGAAGCAAAGGACCUGUAA